AUGGGAAUGCAUGAACAAGCAGCGCUGAUCGAAAAUCAACUGAAACAGAAUGCUGCAGCCGCUGCAGCUGCUGCUGCUGCCGCCGUUGUCUCGCAGCAGCCGGCCGCACAAGCACGCCCACAACAGCCGGGCUAUGGUGCAUAUGGUGCUCAACCGGUCACCGCACAAAAUCAGUUCAGUUACGGAGCACCACAGGCUCAGCCACAAGCUGGUAGAUCUCCCCAGUGCUCUUUUUUAAUGCCAAUUAUUACACUGCUAAUUGCUGCUGAUGCUGCUGCCGCUGCCGCUGCUGCUGUUGCUACUGCUGCUGCUGCUGCUGCUGCGUUGUUAUCAUUUACAUUGUUGGAUAAUGGUGAUGAUGAUGAUGAUGGUUAUGAUGAUGGUGAUUAUGAUGAUUUCUGGAUUUGA